GAGAGAGAGAGAGCGAGCGAGGGAGGGAGAGAGAGAGAGAGAGAGAGAGAGACUCACUCGCUAAGCAACGACCUGCAAACGGGCAUCCGAGCCAGUCCGAGCACUAAAAAACAGGAACCGCAUCAAUGUCGAGUGUCUUUGCCAUGUUCCCGACGACAAUUCUGCUCCGUCUGCUCUGAUUCCGUCGAAGUCGCCGCCUCUCCCAACAUCGGCUCCAGAGAUCGAUCCGGAAAUUGAUGCGUCUCUGCUCCUCGUUGCAGUUUGUUUUGACCUGCUAGAAGGGGAUCCUGCAAGAGGGAUUAGCGGUCCGUCAAUGAGGAACUACCGGCUCAUCUUCUGCCACAACCUGAAGCAGCCAUAGAUGGUUUGGUGGUUCUCUGGCUAAGGGAGGAGAAUAUUGGACACACUUUCACUGCUACACGACGUGAGGUCUUGGCGGGGUUGUGGUUAGGAGGAGGAGGCGGCCAUGAGGAAGAGUGUGUCUCCGUUGCCAGGCAAUGAGGGCGGGAGCUCAGCCAGCACCACGCGUGUUUUUGGCGUUCCUUUGGAGGAGGUGACACGGACACACACGAUCAGUGGCCAUGAGGUUCCUGCACUGGUGAAACACAUUGUCGACUACAUCGAGGAGCAUGGUCUUCUGGACCUGGAGGGGCUUUUCCUUGUUAAUGGCAACGCAGAGCGCGUGGAUUGGCUGCGGCAGCGUUAUGACAGUGGGGAGGAGGUGGAGCUAGAGAAGGAGGCGGACCUGGCGUCAGCUGUCAGUCUCCUCCGACUCUUCCUGCAGGAGCUUCCUGAGCCGGUCAUCCCAACGGCGAUACAGGGACACAUUCUACAGCUACACCAAGACUACAGCAACGAAGAGGAACUGUGUAGAAACUUGAAGUACCUGCUGCAGCAGCUUCCCCAGCUCAACUACGGCUUGCUGCGUUUCCUGUGCCGCUUCCUGGCCAGCGUGGCUUCCCUUCAGCAAGAGAGCUGGAACAUCGGGACGCUGGCCGCCGUCUUCGGACCAGACAUCUUCCAUCUGUCAACAGAAGGAGAGGACCUUCGAGACCAGGAGUCUGUCAGCAGAGUCCUGGCAGAGCUGUUGGACAACCAAGAGGGCCUGUUUGACUCCGAGGAAGAUGACGUCUCCACCACCAACGACUACAGCUCCAUCAAUGAACAGAUCACAGAGCUGCUGGACGAUGAGAAGUGCGAGGCCGAAUGUGAAGAGCUGCCUCAGGACGGAGAGGAGGGUCCUGUCUCCUCUGACUCACCGCAACACACACCCACUGACGACAGCCCCUCAGCCAGCUCCCACCUCUCCCCCAUAUCCAUCCUGCCUGCUGACUCUGCUGAGAUAAUCCAGCGAACCAUCAGGGCCGCCGUUGAGCAGCACUUCUUUGAGCUGAAAACCUCCAUCGACACCAACUAUGACAGCCAAGGAGUGAGUCCCAGUGAGCCUGCAGAGCCGGGUUGUCAUGGAUACGAUGCGCAACAAACUGGCCCCGAGGACAGUCCCUGCGACGCAGAAGGGGAGACCCCACUCACACAGACCGAGCAGCGCAUACAACAAAGCCAGGAAGACAUACAGGAUACAUUUGACUCUGGCGCCGCCCUGGAGGAGAGCUCGGGAAUGGACCUGGAUGCAGAGGCCGUCAGAGAUGCUGAGAAUAACAUCAACACUGCCAGGCAGGACGAUCAACCCUGUGACAACAUGGAGCAGACUCAGACCGACACCUUAAGCUGUGAUUUGGGUGCAUGCCGCUGCAAUCAGAAUGCCAACACCAGCAAGACCAACAGGAACCACCUGUCGCCAUGCCAACCAAACUCUGGCCACAACCCCCACCUCCAACUUUUCCCUGACAGCCAAUGGGAAGUGUCACCCCCCUCCCAUCUCCACCUCCCUCCCAUAGACUUCUCAUGUAUGCAUCUGCAAAGAGAAGGCCACGACCCCGUCCCCGCCUUCAAACCCUGGCAGGACGACAGCGAGAGCGGAGAGGCUCAGCUCUCCCCGCUGGCCGGCCGCAUGGUCACUCUCCCUCCUCUGCUGCUGGAGGAGGAUGGCGAGGAGGAGGAGGUGGGGGAGGGAGGGCAGGAAGCCUCCCUCUCCUCUUCCCGCUCUCACCCUCACCUCCUGGCGCGACGCUUUCUCGACUUUGGAGCGCACGGUGCCCAGCGGUUCCUGCAGCAAGACCCGGAGGCCACCUCCCCCACCAAAGCACAGAGGCCACGGCGAGCAUCGUUUGGCUCCAAAGAGGCUAUGAGAGGAGGCGACUCGGUGACCCAUCAACUCACCAAGAAACUUCAGCACCUGAAAAAGAAAAUUAAGCAGUUUGAAGAGCAAUUUGAGAAGGAAAGGAACUACAAGCCCUCUCACGGAGACAAGGCAGCUAACCCCAAAGUCCUCAAAUGGAUGACCGACCUCACAAAGAUCCGUAGACAGAUUAAAGGACGCCAGCACCACCUUUUACCCAGAAGCACGCUGAGGCACCAGGCUUUGCUCCAUUCAUACAGACGCCACCAUGCUCCCUCCUCCCCUUCCCCCCCCUCGUCCUCUAUCUGCUCACCCCCCCAUCACACACUCACCCCCCCGCUCCACCCCUACUCAGGCCUGAGCUCUAGGCCGUAUCACCUCAAUGCCAAACACCGUGCAGAGAGCGAGCUCGGCCCCCUGACUCGUCCUCGGAGCAACACCUUACCCAAGAGCUUCGGCUCCACGCUGGACCAAGGCGCUCACGAUGCAGCAGGGGAGAUGAAGGGCCAGGGCCCCACCAGGGAAGAAACACUGGAGCUGAUCCAGCACAGGGUCAAAGGGAAGAAGCAGGAGGACGGCUGGCCUGAUGACAUCAAGAAGAUGACCAAGGAGCAGUUGUCCUGUGAGAAGACGGUCCUUCAGAAGAACCUGCUGCACUAUGAGGGCCUGCAUGGUCGACCCGUGACCAGAGAGGAGCGUCUGGUGGUGAAGCCUCUCUACGAUCGUUACAGAUUGGUUAAACAGAUGCUCACCAGAGUCAGCAUCACACCUAUCACAGUACGGGUGUCCCCCUCCAGUAAGAGAAGAAGUCAGACCCUCCAACCAAUCAUCGAGGGUGAAACCGCUCAUUUCUGGGAGGAGAUCAAAGAGGAGGAGGAGCAGGAGGAGGAGGAGCGGAAGGAAAGAGAAGGAGAAGGAGAAGAAGAAAACAAGAGCAGGGAGGAGGAGGAGCGGGAGGAGGAGGAAGAAGAGGACGACGAGGAGGAGGAGGAAGGAGAGAGCAGCGGGGGGGAGAUGCAGAGCUCUGAGGUCAUCAUGGCCGUCGACCUCGUGACCUCGUCUGAAGGAUCGAUGAGGAGCCAGAACCAACCUGACAGGCAGAGCGAUUGUCCAAUGAGAGCCAAGAUGGAGGAGGGGUCGGGGAAGCUGGCGCUUGACCUGCGGCUGUCCAGCUCCAACGCCUCGUCCAUGCCAGAGCUGCUGGAACAGCUGUGGAAGGCCAGAGCAGAGAAGAAGAAGAUGAGGAAGACCAUCCGAGAGUUUGAGGAAGAUUUUUAUCAGCAUAAUGGAAGAAAUGUGCAGAAGGAGGACCGGGUGCCGAUGCUGGAGGAGUACAGGGAGUACAAGAGGAUCAAGGCCAAACUCCGGCUGCUGGAGGUCCUCAUCAGCAAACAGGAUUCCUCCAAAUCCAUCUAGACCUCCUCAGACACCAGCUGUCACCGCACACAUCAGCCUCUCGUCACUGCUGCAAGGACCCGUCCAGGAUGUCCAUCAGUCUGUCAGACCUCAUCCCACCUGGCCGGGGGGAGGGAGGGAGGAGUUAAACAAACGCAUCACAUGACUUGCCAGGAGGCGGAGACUCAGACGUCACGACCUCCAUUUGCUGUGCUGCAUUUAUGUCAUGGAGGAAAACGUCAUCGGAGUGCCGGUUCAGUUACAGUAUGUGUCUUAAAUGGACUUCUAUGUAAAUAUUGCUCGUAGUUACAGGAGCAGUUCCAGUAACCUUUUGAUGGAUUUAACCUGCAUUUUAACUAAAGCAACCAAAGUUCUGGUUCUUGGGUCCGAGUUUCUUCCCAAUGCCGUAGAAACCUUUCAAAUGGCGCCGAUAAUCCUCCAGAGGGACGAGGGAUGUCUUUCUGACCAGUAAAGAAAUCUAUCUAGUGUAGUUUAAAUACUUUAUUGGUCUAAUUUUUCAAAUCUUUAUGGCGAAAAAGUAAAGACAAAUGUGCUAAAAAAAAAAGACUCAACUGCUCUUUGUUUUUUUUUUUUUUUUUUUUUUUUUUCUGAAGAGCGUGAGCGACGUGCGUUGACGGAUCUUUGAUCAGAUUUUAAGCAUUUUGAUCACAAAAUCAUUACAUUUAUUUGAUUAAUAUAUGAUUAUUUAUAUGCGACUAUACAUAUUUUCUUCGUUGGUCAUUUCAGAAUUCAGUAAUGUGAACAUCUUUGCUAAAACUCUUUGAGUUUGCUUGACCACUUUUAAAAGGUGACGUUAGAGGCACGUUUGUUUGCAACUAUCUUCCCAUAACAUGAAUGCAGCACCGCCCGUUAACUUAAAGUCACUCCCGUCAGCUUCAGCUGGUCCUCUGCUGCCCCGACGGCAUUUCAUGGAAGAAAACAUGGCCGCAGUUUAGAAAUACGGAGAAGAAGGAAUCACCAUCACUGUUUGUCUUCAUCACCAACGCGACUCAAGACUUUGCACUCGUCUUCUCGUCUUCUGAGAAAAAAACAAACGCAUUCAUGACUUUUUUUUUAAAUUUUCAUGACUUUUUCUUUGAUCGAACAUUGUUCUUCACGUUUUUCUUUUCUCCUUCAUGCUGAGGAAUCUUAUUGGACAGCUCGAGGACUGGCAUUUUAUCCGCUCUUCACACGAGACGCCUCGCGGCGAUCGGUUAUUUUAUUCCGUCAGUCAAAUUUUCAUUCAACAUCCGUGCUUCACACCUUCUGACUGAUUUUAAGAUUCAUUCAUAAAGUUUCGAAAACAGGUUUGUGGUGUUAUUUUGUUAAAAAAAAGAAGAAGAAAAAAAAAAGAGUUGUAUGCAUACAUGUUUGUGAGACACUGUUGUCCUCGUUUUCGCUUGAAUGAAAAAAGAUUUCAAGAAAAAAAAAUGGAGGAAUGGAAAUGUAUUCACUCCGUGUGACCUUGGAGCUGUUUGUGAAAAUCUGAUUGUCCUUUUCAUUUGUUUUCGAUAGUUCAGCAUUUUUUUUCCGGGUUUCUUUUUUUUCUUUUUGUCUAUUUUGGCAAUAUUUGUCAAAUAAGAUGUACACACACGGUUGGUCACGUUGAACUUCGUUUCCCAUGAGCUUCUCGGGUGAAAACACUACUUUUUAGUCGUCUUAAGCUCCAAACGUCUUGAGUUUUGAGGAUAAACGUGAUUUUGACAUUUCCGAUGGCACUUAAAGGCACCAUUUGACUGAAGAUGCUCAUAGGAAACUGUUGUGCUCAAGAUUAGGAGAUUUUUAGGAUGUAGGUGAAUAUAAUUGUUGCAGAAAUCUUAAGGAAUGGUGUACUUUUUCCUCUCACUCGUCUCUUCACUUGUUCAGUUUGCUGCCUGGAGGUGCAGCGGGUCCUGAGGGAUUAUGGGUAAUAAAUGCUAUGGAGAGGAGCCAGUAUCUGGUCCACGUUGCUGCAGUUUCUUUGAAACCAAAGGCAUGUUGGCUACAGGAAGUGGUAGUCUGACCAUGUUUGGUAUCGUCGCAGCCCGGCGGAGAGUUUCCUGAAUAUCACUAAGACUGUUACUGAGUAACUAAUUUAUCUCUGGUGGUCCUUUGAUGUUUGCUUGUAUUGUAUCGAUGAGGUGCCAACACUGCCAGCACUGAUUCUAAACACAGAGCAAUCUCUGUGGUCUGUUAACUGAUCCUUUGCCCCCCCCCCCCCCAACCAACCAACUGUUGAGUAAGUGCUGAGGGUCCGAUGAGCACGUUGGCUCGACGUCCACAACGCUGAGGAGGAGCGGCGUCUCAGUUCCGGCGCGGUUUCAUUUCCUGCUGGCAGGUGAAAUGAGGGCAGGUGAGGAGGUCGGAGGUUACGCGCACGCCAACGAGUGCGUCCUCCUCGUCCCACGCGAUGUCGUAGUGGGAUUUGAUAUUUCCAACCAUCGCUGAACUUAAAGCUUCAGCUGGCAAGUCAGUCCAACGUGUCGACAGGUGGAGUUCUAUUAUCAGAACCUCUCGUUCAAGGCCAAUAAGACAAAGUAGUGCUUUUCUUUCCUGAAUCGAUGUACAUUUCCCUGUCAGAAUCACAGUUGACUGCAGUCAGGUGUGAUGGUUUGAAAUCAAAGUUGCGAAUGAGUCGAAGGGUUGUUGAUCUUUUUGUGAGUGCGUGAGGAGAACACGAGGGAGGGCGCGGCGGCGUUCGUGGGGGGGUCCAUGUAAAAAGAUGUUAUUUGCACAGCAUUCACAGAAUGCAGCCCUUUUUUUGUGUGUUUUCAUUUAUUUCUAAAAAAUUAAGCACUACUUCUAUACAAAUAUAAAUAUAUAGUGUACAUAGAAAAUUAAAAAAAUACCCGAAGGAAUGAAUGUCAGAAUUGUUUAAAUUAUUUCAAACAUUAUGUUUGGCCCCCUUUGGUUCAAUAUAUUUGUGAUGCCCUGAGAAUGUGUGUUUUUUUUAUUUUUUAUUACUAUAAAUAUUGCUAUAACUAUCAUAACCAUCAUUUUGUGUGAUAAUGACAAUAAUAAUCCUUUUGUAUCUACUCACAAACUGUAAAACCAGCUGUAGACGUUAGUCCGGCACUGUGUGGCUAAUCAAACAUGAACCUGAUUUAUUUUUGUCGCUCUGUGUAAUAUAAGCUAAUAUAGAAGCAGUACUGUAGUGAGCUUGCAUGGCAAAAGAGAACAUAAUAGUAUGAAUAACAUGAUGUAUUGUUUAUAUCAUUUGUGCCAUGAAGAAGCAGCAAUAAUAAAAGUUUUGCGUGGAGGUUUUACAGUAUCGGGUCAUCGGGGGGUAAAUGUGCGGGAUUGACUCUGUGUGAAUAAUUGAGGUACAAUACUAUUUUUCCGUUUUGUUUUCAGCCUGACACACACGGUCACAAUUAAAGUGCUUUUACCACUGUUGUUAGCAUAAUGUUCAUGUUGGCGCUGCUGAAAAACCAAAAUAAGAAUAACAUUUUAAAAAGGUGAAUAGGGAUCGAUAAAGCCAGCCAGACGUGUCGUAUCUGAAAACAUUUUAGUAUUUAUCAUUAAAAUUUUUUUUUCAAAAGUGCAAACAAUUCAUCAUCAAUCUCUGAAGGGCUUUUCUUUGAAUUUGUAGCUUUUUUUUUUUUUUUUUUUUAAAUAGGUGGAUUUGUUUGACGCCUCAGUUUCUUUAAAACACACUUUUUGUUUUACGUUGUGCCUGCAACUGAGUGGUAAACGUUGUAAACCGUAAUGUAUGUCGUCUCCGUGGGUGGACAGUCCGUUUCAUCUCGUGCCCAUCUGACAUGCAUGGUUGUUUCACACACCUGGAAUUCACAGCACAGGUUUCAGUCGAAGAUGUCUGUUGAACAAAUUAUUAUUAUUAUUUUGGUCAUGAACAGACAGGAUGAGAUAUUUUACUGUAAAGUCUGUAAUGUCUCUGUUUUUUUUUUCCCUCUUUAAAUCUUACAAAUUUUAAAAAGGACAAAGUCACUUAAAGAUGCUAUCUUAGAUGCAGUUAGAAAUAAGAUUUUGUGACAUCUUUGAUAUUGAAUUUGGCUGUAAAUUCCCUUUUGACCAGAGAGGUUUCUUGCAUCCUGCAGGUCAUUUACAGGUAAUGUGUUUUAUCACAUCGAUAUAUUGUAUGUGUGUAUGUAUCUAUAAAUGUUUUCUUACUUUGUGAA